AUGAAGAAGAGCCGCAGCGUGCUGUCGGUGACGGGAGAAGAGGGAAACGGCACUGAUGGACCAGGUGCCGGGGAGAAGGCGGAGUCAUCGCGCUACAGCAGAUCUUACACAUCUGGCGCCACUCUUGGGGCCGAGCUGCGCAGAGGGCGGAGCAGGAGACUCUCAUCAAGUCUCCAGGUGCCCUGCUGGCUCCGGCCUCGAGAUCGGACCCGGUCACCGGAGGUCCUGAGCAACGUGUCCCGUCCCACGACUCUCCCUCUCCGAAUCCCACCACGCAUCUCCAUCACGCACGCCGACACCGACAGCUACGAAACAGAAAAUGGCGUGUCGCCGGGUCACAGCCCCCUGGGCUCCCAGAGUCCGGGCCUCACCCUGAACACCUCCUUCCCCUCGGGCCAGAGAAGAGAAUCCUUCCUCUACCGCUCGGACUCGGACUACGACAUGUCGCCCAAGACGGUCUCUCGAAACUCCUCCCUCGCCAGUGAAGGGCACACGGCAGAGGACUUUAUCGUCACACCUUUCGCUCAGGUACUGGCCAGUCUUCGAUCAGUACGGAGCAACUUCACCAUCCUCGCCAACGUCUCCACGCCAACAGUCAAGAGGUCUCCACUGGGCGGAGUGUGCGUCAGUCCCAGGGCGACACUCUCAGACCAGCAGUACCAGCAGCUGGCCCUGGACACUCUGGAGGAACUGGACUGGUGCCUGGACCAGCUGGAGACCAUUCAGACUCACCGCUCCGUCAGCGAAAUGGCCUCCAACAAGUUUAAGAGGAUGCUGAACAGAGAACUUUCCCAUCUGUCGGAGAUGAGUCGCUCCGGUAACCAGGUGUCUGAAUACAUCUCCAGCACCUUCCUGGACAAGCAGAACGAUGAGGAGAUCCCGUCUCCCACCCUGAAGGACAAACCCAUGAGUCACAUCAGCGGCGUGAGGAAACUGUCUCACAGCUCCAGCCUCUCCAGCAGUUCCAUGCCUCGCUUCGGCGUCAACACCGACCAGGAGGACGAGCUCGCCAAGGAGCUGGAGGAUCUGGACAAGUGGAGCUUCAACAUAUUCAGAGUCGCAGAAUUCUCCAACAACAGACCGCUCAGCUGCAUCAUGUACACCAUCUUCCAGGAGCGCGAGCUGUUGAAGACGUUUCGAAUCCCACUCGACACCUUUGUCACCUACGUGAUGACCCUGGAGGACCAUUACCAUGGCAACGUACCGUACCACAACAGCCUCCAUGCUGCGGACGUCACCCAGUCCACACACGUCCUGCUGUCCACACCUGCCCUUGAUGCCGUCUUCACUGACCUGGAGGUCCUGGCCUCUCUGUUCGCUGCAGCCAUCCACGACGUCGACCACCCUGGCGUCUCCAAUCAGUUCCUCAUCAACACCAACUCAGAACUGGCCCUCAUGUACAACGACGAGUCGGUGUUGGAGAACCAUCAUCUCGCCGUCGGCUUCAAGCUCCUGCACCAGGAGAACUGUGACAUUUUCCAGAACCUCACCAAGAGACAGCGCCAGAGCCUCCGCAAGCUCGUCAUCGACAUGGUGUUGGCCACGGACAUGUCCAAACACAUGACCCUGCUGGGCGACCUGAAGACCAUGGUGGAGACGAAGAAGGUGACGAGCUCGGGGGUUCUGCUGCUCGACCACUACACAGAGCGAAUACAGGUGCUGAGGAACAUGGUGCACUGUGCCGACCUGAGCAACCCCACCAAGGCGCUGCCGCUGUACCGGCAGUGGACGGAGAGAAUCAUGGAGGAGUUCUUCCGACAGGGCGACAAAGAGCGAGAGAGAGGGAUGGAGAUCAGCGCCAUGUGUGACAAACACACAGCGUCUGUGGAGAAGAGUCAGGUGGGUUUCAUCGACUACAUCGUGCAUCCGCUGUGGGAGACGUGGGCCGACCUGGUGCACCCGGACGCCCAGGAGCUCCUGGACACGCUGGAGGAGAACAGGGAGUGGUACCUGAGCACCAUGCCCCAGUCGCCCUCGCCCCCCCCCGACAGACACCUUCAGCACGACCGCUUCCAGUUCGAAAUCACCCUGGAGGACGUGGAGCACAACAACCACAACCAGGUGCACCUGGAGAACAGCAACGGCGGGGGGAGGGAGGACCGGGCGGAGCCGAACGGCGAGGGACAGAACCACGUCGGAGCUGACGAGGAGGAAGACGAGGAGAAUCACAACAGUAAACAGAAUGGAGUCCGGGAUGAAGAGGAAGAGGAGGAGGAGGAGGCCGGAGAAGAGGAGGAGGACGAGGAAGAGGGACAGGAAAACAUGGAACAGCAAAAUGGAGUGGAGCAAUUAGAAGAGGAUGGAGCAGAGCAGACGGAUGAAAUAGAAAAGCAAGAAGAUGAUGAUGGAGAGGAAGACGAGCAGACCAAAGAGGAAGAGGAGGAGAUCGAGAAAUGUCAGGAGGAGGAGGAGGAGGAGGAGACCAAAGAGGAAGAGGAGGAGAUCCAGAAAAGCCAAGAGGAUCAACAGGAGGAGGAAGAAGAUGUAGGAGGUAAUGAGGAGGCAAAGGGUGAUGAAGAAGAAAUUGUAGAAAAGGAGGAGGUAGAAGGAGAAAUAGAUGGAGAGAGAGACAGCGAGGGGGAAGAGGGAAAUGAAAAUGAGGAGGCAGAAGUGGAGGAAAAAGAGGAGGGAGAGAUGGAGGAAAAUGUAGAGGAGGAGACGGAGGAACAGGUUGAUGAAGAGAAGAAAGUGGAAGAAGAGGAGGACGAGAAAGUUGAGGAAGAGGAGGGUGAGAAUGAGGAGAAAGUGGAAGAAGAGGAGGGAGAGACAGAAGACAAUGUAGAGGAUGAAGAGGGGGAA